AUGAAAACAUCAAUCGAACAAUUACCUGUUGAAUUAUGGAUUUCAAUUUUUUCUUAUUUCGAAGCACAUGAUCUUUUUCAAGCAUUUACUAAUUUAAAUAAUUAUUUUGAUCAAUUAAUUGCUUCUGAUUAUCUUUUAUUUAAUGUACGAUUAGGAAAAAGUGAUCAUAAUCCUUUAGAAUAUUCUAUUCAACCAUAUUGGUCUAAUUCAAUACUCAAUCGUAUUAUUAGUCUUCAUCCAAUUAUUCAACAUAAAACAUCUCAUAUACCUGAAUUUCUUCGUUGGCAUUGUACAAAAUUAAUUCAAUUAAAAUCUUUAAAAGUUAAAUUACGUCGACGAGAAAUUCCAACUAUAUGUAUUGCUUUACAACAACUAAAAUCUCUUUCUCAUCUUUUUAUAGAAUGUAUACCAAAUCAAAUGUUACUUGAAACUAUUCUUUCUCUACCUGUUCUACGUGUAUGUCAAUUAGUUUUCUUACGAGCAAUAACAUCAAUUAAUUGUUAUUCAAAUCAAAUGAGUAAAAUAGAAAAAUUUUAUAUCAAACUUCAAGAUGAUUCACAUAAUUCGAUUAUUAAUUUACUUUUAAGUCGAAUGCCAAAAUUGAAAAAACUUGAAAUUAAUAAUUCUGAGAGUUAUUUCAAUGAACAUGAUUCAUUAUUUAUUAAACCAUUAUUUAUUCUUUCAGAACUUCAAACUAUUAAAAUUAGUUGGUCAUCAAGAAAUUCUGAUCGACAAUUUUUCGAAAAUUUUCAUCAAAUUUUACCAAAUUUAAAAUGUCUUUAUUUCAAUUUUAUUUAUGAUUAUUUUACUGAAGACUUCUUCAAUAUAUUAAUUCAUCAUUGGUGGCCAACUAUCGAAAAUUUAGAACGAAUCAAUAUAUUUAUUAAAUUUCAAAGACCUCAAAUGACAAUCGAUAAUGAUAUGCAGAUAAAUUUAGAUAAAUUUCAAUCAAUUUUACUCGCUAUGAAUGACAAAUAUAAUGGAUUUGUCAAUUUCAAAUGGACUGAGAAAUUUUUUAUAGCAUAUAAAAUGAUUGAAAUUUCUAUUUGUAAAUAUUGUUAA